AUGCGUUACGUGGCCGCGUAUUUGUUAGCCGUUUUGGGCGGUAAGGCGUCACCAGCCGCAGCUGAUAUCGAAAAGAUCCUCAGCUCAGUCGGUAUCGAAGCUGACUCCGAGAAACUGAAGAAUGUUAUCUCGAAGUUGGAGGGCAAGACUGUCGAUGACUUGAUCGCUGAAGGGCGUGAGAAGCUCUCUUCGAUGCCGGCUGGUGGUGCAGCGCCGGCCGCUGCUGCAGCUGCUGCCCCUGCUGCUGCUGCUGAGGAAAAGAAAGAAGAGAAAGAGGCGAAGAAGGAAGAGUCUGAAUCUGAGGAUGAGGACAUGGGCUUCGGUCUCUUUGACUAG